AAACACUUUCAAAUUCCGUUCAGUUUAGUUUAUUACUUCACGUUGAAUUCUAUCCCGAUUUGGGAUUUUAUUUAUUCUAUUUAUACGGCCACAGCUCAUCGAUAGAUUUUACUCCUCAAUAUUUUGCACAAGGGUAAUAUGAAGCCAUCUGCAAUGAUGACACGCUUACGUCAUUUUUGGAUUGUGGCAACUUGGUUGCGCCAGGAAGCAGUGACAUCUGCCGGUAUGAUGGUGCUACAACGUCGUGAGUCACAAAGGCGCAGCCUACAGAAAGCCGAUCACCAACUGAAGGAUGCCUCCCAGAAUGAAGUGGGUCAAAUGGGUGUCGAUUGGCAAGGAAACCUGCGACGAGUGCGCCUACUCGAUGACUAUGUAGUGCCCAUCGAAUGCAGUCUCUAAAAUCAAAAGAACAAAAGCGAUUUCAGGAGUAAUCCAAAUUUUUACAGUGUUUUGAAGUAUUUAAGCUGACUAAUAUGUCCACAAGAGGAGUAGAAUAUUCUAAAACUUAACUCUCAAUGGAAUAAAAUUAUGAUAAAAGUUA